UCUCCGACUAGUGCCGUGGAAUGUUGUCGGUCAAAGGAUCCUCCUCGCGUCGGUGAACAACGCGAUCGUAAUAACUUUAGUUAAAAAUAAGUUAAGUUUUAGGCGGAGGCGGAGGAGGAGGAGGAGGAAGAGGAAGAGGAAAGUUCAUUUCGAGUGUGAUCAAAAAGUGUUUCGAACUAAUAUGGGUGCGAUUUUGUAGUGUGACUUUGAAAAGUAAAGGUUUUUUUUUACUCAUUGUGUCUUUCUUUAUUGGAUCGUGGGACAGACGCAUUUCGAAAGAAUACAAGCGCGAGUUUUCGAGUAUGCGUGCGUGACGACGACAACGACGACGACGAACACACAACACUUUUCGUAUCAAAUUCGUUGGUCAGAUAUUUGUCGAAAGAUCUUUGGAUAGAUCUUUGGUUAAAUCUCGCCGCGAUGGAGACUAAGUUGGUACGCUCGGUUCUCGGGUUGGGGCUUUUGUGUUGGCUCCUCGGGACGGAUGAGCGUUCGGUGAUUUUGGUCGAUGGUAGAAGCAUUACCAGUUUGGAAGCACCGACCGGUUGCGAGUGGCGCCGUGAGGAAAACGAGGAAGCGGACGGAGAGGAGAGAACGUUGGCUUGCAAUGUAAGAACAAUUGCGAACGUGGCCGGUCUUCUAGGAAAUCUGUCGAGUAUUCAAAUCGACUCGAUAACAUCCUUGGGAUUGGAAUGCAGCGACGUUCUAUUCUUCGAGAGCCAAUUGGAGGGUCCCCGUGGUUUUCUUUCCCCUUUGCCAAGAUUGGAAAAGUUACGUGUGGAUUAUUGCAAAAUUCGUUAUUUGCCGGCCGGCGCGUUUUCAUCCGCGCAAAAUCUUCGCGGUCUUUCGGUUCGCACUCACAACGGCGACUGGUCAGCUAUGACCUUGGAACUGGACAGAGACGCCCUUCUCGGCUUGGCCGAUCUCGAGGAACUCGAUCUCGGCGACAACAACCUUUGGACGCUACCGGCCGAACUAUUCUGUCCCGUGGCCAGUUUGUCGCGGUUGAAUCUGACGCGCAACAAGUUACAGGACGCCACGGCCCUUGGAUUCGCCGAUCGCAUGCACUCCUGCACGCCGAAUCUCCAGAGUUUGGAUUUGAGUGGCAACGAUCUCGGCGCCCUGCCCGAUCGCACCCUCGCCGGUUUGCUAUCCUUGACCGUUCUCAAGUUGCAAGAGAACGCCAUUACCGCCGUGGGCGAUCACGCCUUGGCCGGUCUUCCUAAUCUGAGAUCGUUGAACGUUUCGAGCAACCGACUCGUCGCCCUGCCACCGGAAUUGUUCGCCAAAACCAAGGAACUUCGGGAACUCGUGUUGAGCAACAAUUCGUUGGCGGUACUCGCGCCCGGGCUUUUGGACGCUCUCGAGGAACUACAACUUCUCGAUUUGAGCGGAAACGAAUUAACCAGUCGCUGGGUCAAUCGGGAUACGUUCUCUCGACUCGGCAGUUUGCUCGUCUUGGAUCUUUCCUUUAAUGCCUUGACCAGGAUUGAUUCUCGCGUAUUCGAGGGACUCUACAAUCUGCAGAUAUUGAAACUCGAGCACAACGAAAUCGAUACGCUCCUGGACGGAUGUUUCGCGUCCCUGACGAAUCUUCACACGCUGACUCUCUCCCACAACAAGAUAGCACGAUUCGAGCCAAGUCACGCUCACGGUCUCACCGCAUUGGAACAACUUUUCUUGGACGGCAACAGAUUGCGAGCUUUGCAUCGACGAGUAUUCGCAAACUUGACCGAACUCAAGGACUUAUCGCUCAGCGGUAAUUCAUUGACGGAGAUACCAUACGCAGUUCGAGUUCUACACUCGUUGAAAACCUUGGAUCUAGGUAACAAUCACGUGUCUAGGAUCGACAACGAAUCAUUCGCCGGAUUGAACGAGCUCUAUGGAUUACGUUUGGUCGACAACAAGCUGGAGAACGUGUCUCGCGAGGCAUUCUCGACGUUGCCGGCAUUGCAGGUCCUCAAUCUCGCAAACAAUUUCAUUCGUCACGUAGAACAGAGCGCGUUCGCGAAGAAUCCCGUAUUGAGGGCUAUACGUUUGGAUGGGAAUCGAUUGACGGAGAUACGCGGUGCCUUUACCAGUCUUUCUACCUUGGUUUGGUUAAACGUCUCGGACAACAAAUUGUUAUGGUUCGAUUACAGUUAUUUACCGUCGAGCAUCGAGUGGCUCGACAUACACGCCAAUCAAAUAAGCGAACUCGGCAAUUAUUACAUGGUACGGAACGCUUUGAACAUCAAAAUGCUCGACGCCAGUUUUAAUCUCGUUACCGAAAUAUCCGAAGCAAACGUUCCCGACAGCGUGGAGACUUUGUUUUUGAACAACAAUCGCAUAAGAACAGUUGCGGCCGGUACGUUUCUACGAAAGACCAAUCUUCAAAAGGUAGUGUUGUACGGAAACGAAAUAAAAAAUAUCGAAGUGGCAGCGUUGAGCUUGCAAUCGGUCCCGGAGGACAGGGAAAUGCCGAUCUUUUACAUAGGCAACAAUCCGAUACUCUGCGAUUGCACGAUGGAGUGGCUGCCGCGAAUAAACGAGUUGGCUCGACUGCGUCAACACCCGCGGGUACUCGAUCUCGAUUCCGUCAGUUGCGAGAUGGUGCACGCGCGCGCGACCCCUCGCAGGCCUCUCCUCUCCCUCAAAUCGAAAGACUUUCUUUGCCGAUACGAGGCGCACUGUUUCGCGUUGUGCCAUUGUUGCGAUUUCGACGCGUGCGACUGCGAGAUGACGUGCCCGGACAACUGUUCCUGUUAUCACGAUCACAGCUGGUCCAGCAACGUGGUGGAUUGUUCGAACGCUGGUUACAAACGCGUACCCGAACGCAUCCCAAUGGACGCGACCGAAAUCUAUUUGGAUGGUAACGAGCUGGGCGACCUAGGCAGUCACGUUUUCAUCGGCAAACGACGCUUGGAGGUUUUGUAUUUGAACAACAGCGGGAUCGCGGCCAUUCACAAUCGCACCUUCAAUGGGGUCAACGCGCUACGAGUUCUACACCUGGAGGACAAUUCGUUGCGAGAGCUGCGGGGCUUCGAGUUCGAUCAAUUGGAACGCAUGUCGGAACUUUAUCUCGACCACAACGCGAUCGCGACCGUGGGCAAUUCUACGUUCAAACGGAUGAAAAAUUUGGAGGUGUUGCGCCUGGACGGCAACCGAAUCGUCGAUUUUCGGCCGUGGGAAGCGUUGCCCAGCGUCGGCGACGGGACCAAGGUCGCCCUCGAGGGCAACGCUUGGAGCUGCGAGUGCGCGAAUGCGGCGAGGCUUCGCACCUGGCUCGCCGAGCACCGGGGCGACCCCGAGAAGAUGUAUUGUCGGGACGGCGUCGAGACCUUGGCCCAAGCCAUGAAGAGGUGCGGCGACCCGUCGACGGAAGCGGUCAGCCGCGGGAUCCAAGAGAUACCCCUGCUGGGCGGGAACUUCGUGCCGCUGUUGGCCGGUGCCUUGGUCGCCGUGAUCGCGGUCUGCCUGUUCGUUGCAUUGGCGUUUGCCUUCCGGCAAGACGUCAGGCUUUGGGCACACGCGCGUUACGGCCUGAGAUUGGGCAAAAUGGCGAGCGGGCCGGACGACGAACGCGACAGACUUUACGACGGUUACAUCGUUUACAGCGAACGCGACGAGGAUUUCGUGUCGCGGUUCCUCGCUGCCGAAUUGGAGGCUUCCGGGCUGACCCUUUGCCUUCACUGGCGCGACCUCCCCCCCGCGAGGGCGCAGGAAACGGUGCCGCCCGCGGCGGCUGCGGCCAGGCGUCUCCUCGUCGUCCUGUCGCCGGUUUUUCUCGCCAACGAAUGGCAACGCGUCGAAUUUCGUGCCGCCCUACGCACGGCCUUGGAAAACGUCAGGCCGAGUUCGCGAAAAAGUCGAGUCGUCGUUUUGCUAGCCGCCGAGGCGCCCGCUCGCGACCCGGAACUUCAAUUACUGCUGACCAGUUGCACCGUCGUCGUGUGGGGCGAAAAAAGGUUUUGGGAAAAGCUUAGGUUCGCCAUGCCCGACUCGGUGGACAAGCGGCGUCGCGACGCCGGCAAAAGAUCGAAGGAUCGUUCGAAGAAUCGCGGCCGGGUGCCCGCGAGAUACACGCCGGCGCCAACCUCCGCGGCCGUGGACGUCUGGAGCAACGGCAAUGGGAACGGCAACGGCAACGGGGCCAAACCCAACGGGGUCCUCCUAGCGCCGGUUCACGCACCCACGCCGACGCCCACGCAAUCGACUUACGUCAGCUCGGCCUCGAGCCGGACCGAGGACGAGGACAGCGGUGCCGAGCAUCAGAACAACCAUCACCCCCCUCAUCACCAUCACCACCAUCAUCAUCAACAACAGCAGCAACAUCCGCACAACAACUCGGCCCCACCCAAUGGGAGACCCACCAGCGUUUCCUCCAGAGGCAGCCAUCUUUACAGUACCAUACCGGAACCCCCGGUCGUCGUGGUACCUUCCGCGCCACCCGGCGAUACCUCCACCAAUCCGCGUACUUAUUUCGUCUAGUACCGACAACACCAGAGGGGUAUCUUUUUCUUCCGCUACAAAAUAGAUUCCUGAUCAUCAUCUUCUAUUAUACUACCUUUGCCGAGGAGGAUGGCACGCGCUGGUUACGCGCCAAAUCUUCCGAUUCGUCGACGCUACCCUAUGCUGCCCUUUUUUGUUUUUGUAUUUCGGCGCUUUUACGAAAACGUUCUUUUUUGCUUUCCAUUAAUAAUUCUUUAUUCCAUUUGAGUCUCGCGUUUUCGUGAAAGAUCGGCCGCAACGAAAUUAUUUAUUAUUAUUAUUAUUAUUAUUAUUAUUAUUAUUAUUUGUUUUUUUUGUUCGUUAAUUAAUGCGUCAACGAAACCAACGCAAGAAAUAUUUAUUUUGUCACGCACAGAAUAAUCUCUCUCUCUUUUGACGGAUUUAAUUCGAGGUACGAAACGCGAAGAUUCGAAUCGACGCCGAAGAUGCACCUCUCCUGCCUUUUAUCUGUCACUGCCUUGCGAAAGAAAGAGAAAGAAUUAAAGAUAAAUUCGUAAUCGGGGGGGGGGCGGGAGGAAAUCUCUUUUUCGUAUAAAAUCGAUUGAAUGGCUCGUUCGGGUCUCGUAAGUCCUUGCCAGGAAUUAUUUCCGUCCAAUGUGCGUGCGUGCGUGCGUGCUUUCUCAAACGGGAAAUGUGAUUUCUGCCAUAAUCGUCGUGGUCGUCGUUGUUGGGUUCCCGAUCGGUGAUGCGAAUUUUUAUUCGAACGUAAAAUAUUAAAUUCACAACGAAAAGGAAGGAAUCAGGGGUUGGGGAACUUUGUGGGAGAGGAGAGGGAGAUAGAAAAAAGAAAGUCGUCUUAUUUUCAUUCGAUUAUUUAAUUUCAUUUGGCAGCCGAAUUAUAUGAUAAUUACUUUCGAUUGAAGAAUUGUAUUCUCUUUUUAUUUUUUCUUUCUCGUGAAAAUGACAAAAAGAGAAAACAAAAAAAAAAAUGCGAAAAAAAGGUUAAAAGAAAAAAGAAAAAAAAGAGGAACAAAAUGCAACAAGUAUGUGUGCGAAAGAGAGUUUUCAUUUUUUUUUUCUUCUUCUUUUUGUUUUUUUUAUUUUAUUGUUGUUGUUGGUUGGUUGGUUGGUUGGUUGGUUGGUUGUCUAUCCACGUUCGUCGAUGUGUCAGUGAUAAAAUUGAAAAAUUAACGAAUAAGAGAAGAGGAUAUAAAUACGAACGCGAGACGAUUAAUUAUCUUUUCGUAAGAUAUUAGGAUUAGAAAUAAAUAUAUAAAUAUAUAAAUAAAUAUAUAUAUAGUGUAACAAAAGUGAAAAAAAAGAGAAAAAUGGAAGGAAAUGAAGGAUAAGAUAAAAGACUUGGCGAGAACGUCGUUCCUACAUAAGAUUCACGACCGUUCGUUCGGUGAUACGGAUUAAUGCGACGGUCUUAUAACGCUUAUUAGUACGUAAGUCGAAUUCUCUUGUAAAUAGUGUAUAUCUAAUUUUUGUAAAUAUUCAGGCGCACAUUUUCGAGCACACACACACACACAUACACACAUACAUACACAUACACAUUAACACAUACUGGAUAAGAUAAAAUUCACUUUCCUCAGUUAUUCGUUCCUUUAAUGGGAUAUGAGCGACACAGCUGAUAUUUUUCUAUAUUUUUGUAUUCGAUUACUAUGACAAUAUCCUUUUUCUAUUUUCGUUAUUGUGCAUCUUGCAAAUUUUUAAUCGUUUGACAAAUAAUUCAUUGGAAAGUACGAAUUUUUGCGUUUGCAACGUUGCCGAAAAAGAGAUAGUAAUAAAAGCACACAAAUUUUUUUAGUUAAAAGUGACCAUUUCUUUUUUUUUUUUAUCGAACCCUGAUAGGGUAGACGCAAACACAAACGAUGGUUCGAGGAUUAAAAAACAAAUACACGCAAACAAUAAAACCAUACACCGAUGCGGCCAGCACAUUGUAUUUUAAGACUGACCGUCUCUAUUUCAUCGCGAUACGUCUCCUUUUUUAGAUUGUAUAUCGAUUUGCGUUAUAUAAAUACGAUAUAUAUAUAUAAUAUAUAUUAUAUAUAUAAAAGAAAAAAUUUCAUUGUGUAAUAUCUCAACUGUAUUGUACUAUUGUAAAUAACGCUCAUCGAGGGUCACCACGUAUCGUGUAAUAUUUGCAGUCUGUUGUAAAAUGAGUAUUUAAAUUAAUUGCAAUUAAUUUUCAUUUCAGCGAUAACGAGAAAAGAAAGACAAAAAAAAAAGUAAAAAACCAAAAAAAAAGAAAAGAAACACGAAACUAAACAAAACGAAUCAUGAGAAAUAAAGACGUUUGUUUUAUAUAAA